AUGGGUGCUGAAGGGGCCCCAGCUGUCCAUGAUUUUGAAUAUGGUGCAUUUCAGAGUCCAGAUUUUGCUAGGGAAGGAGAGGAUGUUAUUCCCCCUUUGGCUGCUGAGAAAGACAGUUUCAGGUGGGAUGAGAUGGGAGAGUAUAUGUGCAUUGAUCCAUCUGGUUUUGCUGGGGUAGUAGCUCAAGCUGAAGUCGGAGAGUGUGACGGACAAGAUGGGGAGGCGGUCUGUUAUUCAGCGGACAUCUACUCUGAUGAUGAUGAUGAUGAUGAUGAUGAUGAUGAUGAUGAUGAUGAUGAUGAUGAUGAUGAUGAUGAUGAUGAUGAUGAUGACCGUAGAGCUGCCACCGAAUCCCAGGUUGUGGACAAUGGUAUAACGCCCAUCGCAGAGCUGGUCCCCAAGCUUUAUAGGACAAAACCCGCCGGGGGAUCAGGGGAAGUCUCAGAAGCUAUAGGCUCUUCGUCCGUCCUGUGUAGAGGGCGUGAGGUGUGGAGUGACCUGGGUAUCACUUUUGGACAACAACAACAACAACAACAACAACAACAACAACCCCUUGACGAUGCUAGGGAUGGUGCUAGGACUCUCCGUGACAAAAGAAUGGAUAUGGGGGGUGGCAUCUCCAUAUGA